UUAGCCAUGGACACUUUUUGGUUAAUGGAAAAAAAGUUAAUAUUCCUUCCUACAAAAUAGAACCUGGGCAAGUUAUUAGUUUAAAAAAAGAAAAGGUUAAGGAAAACAAACUUAUUAAAAAUAAUUUAGAACAAAAUAUUAAAAUCCCUUCUUAUUUGGCCUUUGAUAAAGAAAAAUUAACCAUUACUUACUUACGUUAUCCAACUGCCGAGGAAUUAAAGGAAGUAAUCAUCAAUCAAGAAAUAGAACAAAUCCAAGAAAUACUUAAUAAAUUUAAACAACCCAUCCCCUCCAAUUUUAAAAAAUUAGGGGACUUAAAAAAUAUGUGUUCCACCCAAGGGUUGAAAAGAAUCAGACUAGAAGCAAAAAAUAUUCCCUAUCCGGUUCAUAUCUCACCUACAGUGUUGGAUAAGGGAUUAGACCAUUACUUUGCUUAUAAUGUCGAGGAUGAAGAAGAGAUAUUUUUAGAUAUACCCCUCACUAUUAAUAAUUUACCCAGCGAACUAACCCGCUGA